AUGUUCUCCACCAUGAAGGUCGCUCUCCUUGCUCUCUUCGCCUCCAGCACCAUGGUCGCUGCUCUGCCCGGCGGUGGUGGCAAGAACACCGACUAUCCUCCUCCUCCGGCGGAGAGCACCUGCACCACCAAGUACGAGACUGCCUUCAUCACGACUUCGUCUGCCUACGUCCACAGUACGACGAAGAACGUUCCUGUCCCCAUCACUACGACUGGCUCCACGGUCAUCACUGUGACCAAGCCGGUUCCUUACACCUACACUACCGUGUCUGUCGGGGAGAAGCCUAUCACCGAGGCCGUUCCUUGCACUGAGACGAAGAGUACGGUCAUCACUUCGGUCUACACGACUGUCUACACCUCCAACAAGGUUAAGACUGUUCCGUUUACCAGCACCAUCAUCGCAACCGGCACCUCCAACAAGCCUUGCCCCACCACCCAGCCCGUUGUCGGCACGACCACCACGUACUCUGCAAGCGUGUGCGUGACCACGGAGUACAAGCCCUUCACCACCUCUACCGUCAACACCAAGUCCGAGUGCUACACCAAGACGAAGGGCUACGGCGGCUACUAA